AUGGCGGGACCCGGGGGUUGGAGGGACAAGGAAAUCACGGAUCUGGGCCAUUUGCCGGAUCCAACUGGAAUAUUCUCUCUGGACAAAACCAUUGGUCUUGGAACUUAUGGCAGAAUCUAUUUGGGACUACAUGAAAAGACUGGUGCAUUUACAGCUGUUAAAGUGAUGAAUGCACGUAAGACUGCUGUACCUGAAAUUGGAAAGCGAGUGAGAGUGAAUAAGUACCAAAAGUCUGUAGGGUGGAGAUACAGUGAUGAGGAAGAGGAUCUUAGGACGGAACUCAACCUUUUGAAGAAGUACUCUUUCCACAAAAACAUUGUAUCUUUUUAUGGUGCUUUUUUCAAAAUGAGUCCAGCUGGUCAGAGGCAUCAACUUUGGAUGGUGAUGGAGUUAUGUGCAGCAGGCUCGGUCACUGACGUAGUGAGAAUGACCAGAAAUCAAAGCUUAAAAGAAGACUGGAUUGCUUAUAUCUGCCGAGAAAUCCUUCAGGGCUUAGCUCAUCUUCAUGCACAUCGUGUAAUUCACCGGGACAUUAAAGGCCAGAAUGUGCUACUCACUCAUAAUGCUGAAGUAAAACUAGUGGAUUUUGGAGUUAGUGCCCAGGUAAGCAGAACUAAUGGAAGAAGAAAUAGCUUCAUUGGGACACCAUACUGGAUGGCACCUGAGGUGAUUGACUGUGAUGAGGAUCCAAGACGCUCCUAUGAUUACAGAAGUGAUGUGUGGUCUGUGGGAAUCACUGCAAUUGAAAUGGCUGAAGGAGCUCCUCCUUUGUGUAACCUUCAGCCCUUGGAAGCCCUCUUCGUGAUUUUGCGAGAAUCUGCUCCCAAAGUCAAAUCCAGUGGAUGGUCUCGCAAGUUCCACAACUUCAUGGAAAAGUGCAUGAUAAAAAAUUUCCUGUUUCGUCCUACUUCUGCAAACAUGCUUCGUCAUCCAUUUGUUCAAAAUAUAAAAAAUGAAGGACAUGUUGUUGAGUCAUUAAAGAAGCAUCUUACUGGAAUUAUAAAAAAGAGACAGAAAAAAGGAAUGCCUCUGGUCUGUGAAAAGGAAGAAGCUAUUAAGGAACAGUACACAGUGAGAAGAUUCAGAGGACCUUCUUGUACUCAUGAACUUCUGAGACUUCCAACCAGUAGUCGGUGCAGACCACUUAGAGUCCUGCGUGGAGAGCCCUCACAGCCAAGGUGGUUACCUGAUGGAGAUGAACGACAGGUUCAGGCAUUUCACCAUCUGCAGGGAGCAGCCAGGGUGUUCAUGCCAAUAAAGGCUCAGAGCACUGACCCUAAGCCUUUACAGGGGAAACCUCGUGCACCUCGGCGACUACACGGGGCAGCAGCUCAGGUGCUCAUGCCUCUUCAGCCUCACAUGAAGGCUAAGUCAUCUAAGCCCAUGCAGCUUAGGCCACCUCCACGUCUACAUAGGGCAGCCAAGAGGUUCAGACCACUACAAGCUCAGUUUAAGGUGCCCAGGCCUCUUCCUGUGCAGCCCCAGGUACCCAAAGAGCAGCAGGUUCAGGCCCAGACCCAGAAGUCAGAGAAGCCACAGGAUCUGGACCAGGUACCAGAGGAAUUUCAGGGGCAAAAUCAGCCACCUGACCAACAGCAAAGGCAAGGCCAGGAAGCUGAACAACGGCAGAGGCAGAACCAGGUUCCUGAAGAACAGAUGGCACCAAGUCAGGCGCCACAACAACCAGAGGUACAGCAGCAGGCUUCUGGGCCUGCCCAGGCAGAUGCAGGGGCACAGGCACCUGAAUCCUUAAAAGUUCAUGCCCAGGUGUGCCUGCCUCUACUGUCACAGAACCAUCAUGUGCUGUUACCACUACAUUUGGACACUCAGGUGCUCGUUCCAGUAGAGGGGAAAACAGAAAGAUCACCUCAGGCACAAGCCUGGGCAUUAGAACCCCCACAGGCAGUUGGCCCAGUUCAAGCACUGGUAGAAGGAUUAUCAGGUGAUUUACUUCGAGCGCCAGACUCAAAGAACUCAAAGCCGCUUGGUCGACUACAAACCCUGAUGGAAAAUCUGUCAUCAAACACAUUUUACUCUAAACCAGAACAGGUACAGAAGAAAAAAUCAAGAGUAUUUAGCCUAAAGCAGGCAUUGACAAAAACACUAUCACCAAAACGCUUCCGGGCAAAGUUUACACAGAAGUCUGAAGAGUUUGAGCUGUCAGAUUUAGAAGCCCGAAGACAAAGGCGCCAGCGCAGAUGGGAGGAUAUCUUUAACCAACAUGAGGAAGAAUUGAGACAAGCUGCAAAUAACAAAGGAGAUGAAUCAUCAGAAAACAAUGAAGCAUUUCGCUCAGUUCAGGCUGAAGUCCAAAUAGAACCAUUGCAGCCAUAUGUUCCAAAUCCUAAAGGAAAUGAAGCCCAAGGGAAAUCUUCAUCAGUGCCUGGCAACCAGAAUCGUGUGCACCGUGUCACAUUCUCUCCAAGUGUUUCUCAGGUAUCUUUGGAGAGAGCUCAGAAGCCCAUUGACAUCAGACAAAAAACUUCUCAAAAUCCUCAGAAUUGUCCAUCAUCAUCAGAAUCAUCUGAAGAAGAGAGUCCAGUGACUAGGAGGAGAUCCCAGUCAUCACCACCUUAUUCUACAAUUGAUCAGAAGUUGCUGAUUGAUGUCCAUGUUCCAGACGGAUUUAAAGUAGGAAAAAUAUCACCUCCCGUGUACUUGACAAAUGAAUGGGUAGGCUAUAAUGCACUCUCUGAAAUCUUCCGGAGUGAUUGGAUAACUCCUGCUUCUGUCAAUCAACAACCUGAAGAAGAUGGUGAUUAUGUUGAACUAUAUGAUGCAUGUGCUGAUACUGAAUACGAUGAGAAUGAUUCUAAUGAUGCCUAUGAAGAUAGUUACGACCAUGGCAGUGACAAAGAACACAUGGGAUACCAAGUUAACCAUGCAAAUGGCUCUGUUGAUGUCCGUGGUGAUGAUCACAAAAAUGAUACUGCUGAUGAUGAAGACAAUCGUGAUAAUGCUCGUAACUGGCCAAGGGCAAGCUAUGGCAAUUUUGGAAGACUCAAGCAAGAUGGUACAGUUGAAAAUGAUGGAAUAGAAGGAGCCUGUGGUGGCUAUGGAAGCCAUGUAGAGAAUAAAAACCCUGGAGAAGGUAUAUCCAGUGAGGGCAAUGAAGACCUUAAUGACCUUGAAGUAUGUGGAAUUAAUAUGGGCAAAGGAUUAAGAGGCAAGGAAGGUAAUGGAGAUAAAAAAGUCAGUGAAAUCAAUGAAGCAAGUGAAGACUUUAAACGCAAUGGAGGACAAAAUAGCUCAAAAAAAGAUGAUCCUGUAUCUAAGAAACUGGCAUCACAAGACGUUGAACGUCCACAGAAGCACCUUUUCUGGGACAGGGAAGCUCACCUACAACCAGAUCAGAAGUUCAGUUUAGAGUCUCCAGCAGGCACUUCUCCUUGGGCUCUGAUGCUACGAAUUACCCAGGCAACCCUGGAUGAUUCAAGUGGCAAAAGUGAGCCCUCAGGUGGGACUGCACCAUUAGUGUCCCAUGAUGAGAAUGACAGCAUGGUCAUAUCAGAAGCAUUCGCAGAAUCAGGUUUAUCUGCAAGCUGUUCGUCUGCUUCCAAUGGAUCUUUGGGUACUAGCGGUGACUUUGCCAGUGCCAUCAUAUAUGCUGGAUUAGUGGAUGGUGAGAAAUCAUCUCAGCAACCAUCUGAAGUAAAUGUUAACCCACUAUAUGUCUCUCCUGCUUGUAUAAAACCACUGAUACAUGUAUAUGAACAGGAAUUUUCUUCUGAGAUCUGUUGUGGUUCGUUAUGGGGAGUGAAUUUGCUGUUGGGAACCCGUUCUAAUCUGUAUCUGAUGGAUAGAAGUGGAAAGGCAGACAUUACAAAACUUAUAAAACGAAGACCAUUUCGUCAGAUUCAAGUUGUAGAGCCACUCAAUUUGCUGAUUACCAUCUCCGGAAAUAAGAACAGACUCCGUGUGUAUCAUCUGACCUGGCUAAGGAACAAGAUUUUGAAUGAUGAUCCAGACAGUAAUAAAAGACAGGAGGAAAUGCUAAAGACUGAGGAAGCCUGUAAGGCUAUUGAUAAACUGACUGGUUGUGAACACUUCAGUGUCCUUCAACAUGAAGAAACAACUUAUAUUGCUAUUGCUUUGAAAUCAUCCAUUCACCUUUAUGCAUGGGCCCCAAAGUCUUUUGAUGAAAGCACUGCUAUUAAAGUGAUAUGCAUUGAUGAAUCAGCAGAUUCUGAAGGAGACUAUAUGUCCUACGAAGCCUAUAUACGAAUACUGGCAAAAAUACAGGCAGCUGACCCAGUGAACCGGUUUAAGAGACCAGAUGAGUUACUUCAUUUGCUGAAGCUUAAGGUAUUUCCAACACUUGGUCAUAAGCCAGUAACAACUGACCUUACUAUUGGUUCUGAAAAAAGACUCAAGAUUUUCUUCAGCUCAGCAGAUGGAUAUUAUAUCAUUGAUGCAGAAUCUGAGGUUUUGUCUGAUGUGACUCUGCCAAAUAAUCCCCUGGAAAUCAUUAUACUACAGAAUAUCAUCAUUUUACCUGACUCCUUGGGAAUUGGUAUGAUGAUCACUUUCAAUGCUGAAGCCCUUUCUGUGGAAGCAAAUGAAAAACUCUUCAAGAGGAUCCUUGAAGCCUGGAAAGACGUACCAUCUUCAGUGGCAUAUGAAUGUACUCAGCGAACCACAGGAUGGGGUCAAAAGGCCAUUGAAGUUCGCUCUUCUCCGACAAGGGUUCUGGAAAAUGAACUGAAGCACAGAGCAGUUAAGAAACUGAGAUUUCUGUGUACCCGAGGUGACAAGCUGUUCUUUUCCUCUACCCUGCGCAACCGCCACAGCCGUGUUUACUUCAUGACCCUGGGGAAACUCGAAGAGCUCAAGAUCAAUUUUGGUGUUUAAAACGUUACAAUGACAACA